UACCACAAAAGUUGUCUUAAAGGUCAUUACUGAUUUGACAUUAUCAGGCUUCAGAAGAGUUAGCGCUAAGAACUUGACAAGUUUGCUAAAAAUUCAAAGUUUCAGCCAUUUGCAAAAUAUGAAGAUGCUGUGCUUCUUGCUUUUUGUUCAUGUGUUGUUUUUGACAGGUGUUGAAAGUAGCAAUCCAAACUGGUCCUUGCUAUCUGGAAGACUUAAACAACUUGAUUUAAGUCCGUACAACAUUGUUUGGGGUGUAAGUAGUGAUCAUGCAAUUUGGGUACGUAAAGGCAGUGCAUGGACCAGAGUCGGUGGUGCAUUAAAACAUGUUAGUGUUGGAAACGCUGGAGUUUGGGGAGUGAAUAAACAUGAUAAUAUUUACUUUCGUGAAGGAGUGACAUUCAGUUCGCCAGUUGGCACAAGCUGGACUCAAAUAUCUGGAAGAUUGAUGCAAAUUGAUUCGGGACCUACAGGAAUUGUGUAUGGUGUAAAUUCUGGGCAUAGCAUAUACUGCAGAACUGGAAUCACUGCAUCCAAUCUCAAAGGAACUGGCUGGAAACAUGUGUCAGGGGCAUUAAAAUAUGUCAGCUGUGGAAAAUUUGGCUGCUGGGGUGUAAACAAGCACAAUUAUAUCUAUUUUCGAACGGGAGUAACUCCUUCUAAAUGUCAAGGAGAUACUUGGAAACGUAUUACAGGAUCGCUAAAACAAAUUGAGGCCACAGCCAGUGGGGCUGUUUACGGUGUGAACAAAAAUAGGAAUUUAUAUGUUCGUGAAGGAAUUAGCUCCUGUAAUCCUACUGGAACACAUUGGAGAUCCGUUGCUGCCCCCAAGUUUGAUCACGUGUCAGCUAGCUUAUCUCAUGUAUAUGGAAUUGAUGAAAAUCACAAAAUAUACAAAUUUAAUGAACAAUGGCGUUUGAUCGCAGGCUCAUUGAAACAGAUUGAUCACGGCCUUUCUGUUGGUGUGUGGGGUGUGAACCGUCAUGACAAUAUUUACCGCCUUAACAAAAAUUAUUCGUGGACUCAAAUUUCUGGAAGCCUAAAACACGUUUCUGUUGGUGAAGCUGGUGUUUGGGGAGUAAAUAAACAUGAUGAUAUUUAUUUCUAUUUGGGGGGACAUUCUUGGAAACAAAUCUCAGGAAAGUUGAAACAAAUCGAUUCUGGUCCAGAAGGAAUUGUAUAUGGAGUGAGCAGUAACGAUAAAAUUUAUUGUCGUUUAGGAAUCUCAACUAAUAACCUCCAAGGAACAGGAUGGAAGCAAGUUCCUGGUGCAUUGAAAUACGUUAGUUGCGGUGCCUUGGGAUGCUGGGGUGUAAGUGCAGGUGAUCAAAUUUGGUAUCGUUCUGGUGUAUCAACACAGAAUUGUGCUGGAACACGUUGGACUCAAAUCGGAGGAAAUCUUAAGCAAAUCGAGGCUGGAGAUGUUGGUGAUGUAUAUGGAGUAUAUAGUAACAACGUGGUCUACCGUCGAACUGGUAUAACUACGGCAUCUCCAAUGGGCUCAGGUUGGGAAGUUGCUUUGUCGUAUGCUUCAUUCGUGACCACUGGCCUGAAUAAUAAGUAUGUUUUGAUAAAUGGAGCAAUUUUUGAAUCCAAAGCUUGUCGAAAGCAAUUUCCUUGAAAAUUCAGCAAAAUUCAACAGUAACAUGAUGAAAGAAAAAUGAUUAACAUUUUCCAAAUCUAGCGUAGUUGUUCUAUUUGUUUCUUGAUAGUUUGUAUGAGUGCUAUGUAGCGUAAAAAUAAAAAGUACUUUUUUGUUAUAAUAAAAACCGUAUCGCAAAAAAA